GCGCGAGGCGCGGCGAGUGGCGCCGCCCGGAAACAUGAGGUCACAGUACGUCACGGCGCCCACGGUCACUGUCCUUCUGUUCCUGCUGUGGAUCCAGUCGUCAACAGGCUGCAAUAAGGCUCUCUGUGCCAGCGACGUCAGUAAAUGCCUGAUACAGGAGCUGUGUCAGUGCCGCCCUGGGGAAGGGAACUGCUCCUGCUGUAAGGAGUGCAUGCUCUGCCUGGGCACACUUUGGGAUGAGUGCUGUGACUGCGUUGGUAUGUGCAAUCCUCGCAAUUACAGUGACACACCACCAACAUCCAAGAGCACUGUCGAGGAGUUGCAUGAACCAAUUCCUUCCCUUUUCCGGGCACUGACAGAAGGGGAUACUCAGCUGAACUGGAAUAUUGUUUCCUUCCCUGUGGCAGAAGAGCUGUCACACCAUGAGAACCUCGUUUCUUUUUUAGAAACAGUGAAUCAGCCACAGCAUCAGAAUGUCUCUGUUCCAAACAACAACGUCCACACACCUUACUCUAGUGACAAAGAACACAUGUGUACUGUGGUGUAUUUUGAUGACUGCAUGUCAAUACAUCAGUGCAAGAUCUCUUGCGAGUCCAUGGGAGCUUCCAAAUACCGGUGGUUUCACAACGCCUGCUGUGAGUGUAUCGGGCCAGAAUGCAUCGACUAUGGCAGCAAAACUGUAAAAUGUAUGAACUGCAUGUUUUGAAGCAGGAAAAUUGUAAUAUAGCGAUACUAAGGCCAAAGUAAUCUCUCUCAGUUAAAGAGUCAGGGAUUGCAAAUACCGCAUUUUGGUGGAGUGCCUGCUGGUUGCAAUUAAAUGCACCUGGUUGAAAAAAAAGAUGUAUAAAAUCUGAAAACUUUAUUUUCUUUUUUUUUUUUUAAGUUCACAUAAACGAGGCUAACUAGUAGAUGUUUAAAAACUGUGUUUAAAACUUAUUUUUCUUUAUUUCUGCUCGAAUGGUACAGUCAUGCUCAUCAUUGCUGUUCUGAUUGUUUCCCUUUGAUUUGAAAGUAUUGACUGUACUGGUUUUCAGAAUAUAUCUUGUAGGUUAGAGUAGGGAAACAUUAAGAAUAUGGUAAUGAGAUUUCCAUUAUCUAAGUUCAACAAGUAAAUAAAUGGCUGCUAGGUUGGAAGGGGGGGUGGUUGUUCUUUAGGAGCUUUUUUGGGGGGUUUGGUUUCUUGUUUUGCUUUUUAACUUUAUGAUCUUCCAGUUUUUGAGCUUUGCUUUCUAUUGUGAAAGUGGUAUUUGGGGAAAAAGAAAAAUUCAUGCUUUCUCUUCCAUGCAUGGGCUGUCAUGGAUAAAAUCCUAACUUCUUAGAAGGGCCGCCCAACAAAACACUAUGUAGGGACACUUUUCUUCCAAGUUUCAUUUGCCCUGCUAUUGCAAGUACAUUUGGGCUUAUGUUACAUAAUUUAUGUGUUAAGCAAAGUAAUUUUUUCAGUCUUCUCUUAGAUUCCAAAAUAAAGCUGUUAAGUGCAGUAGCAUCUCCCGCCUUUUGCACUGUUCUCUAGGGUUGCUUGCUCCCUGAACAUUCAGUCCAGUAAAGGAAACAUGAAAGGUUAUGAUGGAUUUAAUGACUGAAGGAAUAAAGAAGAAUGAAAUUCCAUGAAUGAGCAAGUGUUACAGCUGAGCAGCUGGCAGCAAGCAUGUUCCCUUUUAGUAGUUUGCUGAGAAUAUUUAUUCCAAAAUGUUAUUAUUAAUUUUUUUUUCCCCAUGAAAUCUUGUCAAUGAAGAAGGGAAUAUGCAUCUGCAAAGGCAAAGUUGGAAUGCUCUGAGUUAAGAACAUUGUCCAUUUUUCUAAGUAAAAGUUUUUAUAUGUUGGCAGUUACAUAGCAGUUACUAUGACCCAGUUAAGGGCUCCGCUGAUAAUGGUACUAAGUACAAGAAUAAAGUCUAUGAGUAGUUAAUGAUCAGCUUUUGGUAUUUAUAAUGAUGUAGGUUUUAACUCCUUGAAUUUUUUUUAUGCAUAUAUGCAUAUGCACAUACAAAAAAGAAUUUGACUAUUCAUUUUUCUCUCUCUAACCUCAGUCUAGA